GGGAGGACCUCUGUCUGUGGAAGGAGGGGGCUGGUUCUCAUUCUCCGACUCUUCAGAGCGCACGGAAGAACUUCACACCAGUCUACCUCCAGUCCGACGGAGGUUUGAAUCUCAGCAGUCGAAGCGCGGACGCAGUGCCAGGAUAACCACACACACGCACACAGGCACACGCUGCAUACGAGAGACCAGUUAAACCCGCGAGAAAACGACAGCCACGCAGCAGAACCACUGAUCCAACACGAAGAGAAGGAAACUACUGGACACUAAACUCCACUUUUCUUGACAUUCCUUUUGUAAGCUUUGGUGAUAUCACAGUUACUGGAAAAAGACGCGCAUCUUACGCACAACUAACUCGAAAGAAUGAGGCCGUGCGUUCAGGCUUGGAGGUGCGUGCUGCUGGUGCUGCUGGCUGUUGGAAUGUUGGCCCAGAAGCUGCCCACCAGAGACGAAGGCCUGUUCCAGAUGCAAAUCAGAGACAAGUCACUUUUCCACGACUCAUCUGUCAUUCCAGAUGGAGCUGAAAUCAGCGGUUACCUGUUCAGGGACACGCCUAAAAGGUACUACUUUGUGGUGGAAGAAGACAACACGCCGCUGUCUGUGAUGGUGACGCCUUGUGACGCUCCUCUGGAGUGGAAGCUCACGCUGCAGGAGCUUCCCGAGGAGGCCAGCGGAGGAGGAUCAGGAGAACCUGAACCUCUGGAUCAGCAGAAACAGCAGGUGACUGUCGAUGAGGGAACGGAGCUCUUCACCUACAAGGGUAACGAUGUGGAGUCCUACGUGCACACCAGCACGCCCUCUGGCCUCUACCAGCUGGAACUGCUCUCCACAGAGAAAGACAGCAACUUCAAAGUGUACGCCACCACCACCCCAGAGUCUGACCAGCCCUACCCGGAGUUGCCCUAUGACCCCCGUGUCGACGUGACCGCCUUGGGCCGUACCACCAUCACACUAGCAUGGAAGCCUACACCAACGGGCCUCCUGAUGGGUCAGCCUGUUCAGUAUUGUGUAGUCAUCAACAAGGAGCACAAUUUCAAGAGCAUGUGCGCGGCUGAAGCUAAGAUCAGUGCCGAUGACGCCUUCAUGCUGGCUCCAAAGCCUGGCAGAGACUUCAGCCCUUUUGACUUUGUGCACUUUGGCUUUGUUCCCUCUGACAAUGGCUUAGGAAAAGGCCGAGGCCUCACAAGCAACAAGAUCUCAAGGGCAUACACGGCAAAACCUAAAACAUUAGACAUUCUGAAAAUGUGCAUUGGCAACAAGAACAUUUUCACAGUAUCUGAACUGAAACCGGACACACAGUACUACUUUGAUGUAUUUGCUGUGAAUUCUGCAACCAACACCAGCACGGCAUACGUGGGAACGUUUGCUCGCACCAAAGAGGAGGCUCGCCAGAAGACAGUGGAGCUGAAGGACGGCAAAGUAUCUGAUGUUUUCAUCAAGCGAAAGGGCAACAAGUUCCUACGCUUUGCUCCUGUGUCAUCCCACCAGAGGGUGACGCUCUUUGUCCACGCGUGUUUGGACAAUGUCCAGGUGCAGGUGAGGCGUGACGGCAAGCUGUUGCUGUCCCAGAACGUGGAGGGUGUGCGGCAGUUCCAGCUGCGCGGAAAACCAAAGGCAAAGUACCUGAUUCGCUUGCGAGGCAGCAGGAAAGGCGCCUCCACCUUGAAGGUGCUAGCCACAACCCGGGCCAGCAGCAAGCAGCCUUUCCCGUCGCUUCCAGAGGACAUGCGCAUCAAGGCCUUUGACAAGCUGCGUACUUGCUCCUCUGCCACUGUGGCCUGGCUGGGCACGCAGGAUCGCAACAAGUACUGCAUUUACCGCAAAGAGGUGGCCGACAAUUACGGCGAGGAGCAGCGACGCCGAGAACAAAACCAGUGUGCCGGGCCAGAGACCCGUAGGAAGUCUGAAAAGGUACUAUGCAAGUAUUUCCACAGCCCAAACCUGCAAAAAGCUGUGACAACAGAGACCAUCACAGGUCUGGAGCCGGGAAAGACCUACCUGCUGGACGUUUACGUGGUCGGCCACAGCGGCCACUCAGUAAAAUACCAGAGCAAACUGGUGAAAACAAGGAAAUACUGUUAAAUGACUCUGCAAAGAAUAAAUCUAUUAUAAAUAUAUAAAUAUAUAUUAAAUAAGUUUAUUUAAAUGUAAGUGAUAUUCUACUAGAAAGCGUACACAGACUGACUACUCGCACAGCUGACAGGCUUGUGGCAGUGACAGAACUGUUUGUAGAGAGAGAUCCACCUGUAUAUUUAUGUUUACACAUCGGUGUGGCGCGUCCGGGUGACGCGGCUUGUGAGACGAUUUGUCGCCGGGCUGGUCGUCUUGACGUCAUGUUGCCACUGAGGGGAGGAAGAACUUUAAAACAAAAGAGAUUUUGUCAUCUUUUCUUUGUCGCUGCAUGACUUUUGCUUUUGUCUGUCAUAUUUGUCUGAUCCUUUGGUUUAAAAUCAGCGGAGGAGAUACGGUAGCGUUGUAUAGAUUUCUCACUAUAUACAUGUUUUAGGAAAAAUUUAAAUUAUUUUAUACUUUUUGUCUCUUGUUUGAUUAUCCGUGUUUUUUUUUUUUUUUUAUCAAUGACAGUAAUAAGUAUUUGGAGGAAGUUUAUGAGGACAUUGUGGUAGUUCAGACAUUCCCUUAUGUAUCUCAGCCAGUGUUUGCUCUCGAGCCCAUCUGUAAAUGUGUUCUGUUGCUGGAGAUCUGUGUAUUAUCGUUGUAUCGCCAUGUGUGCGUGUCACAUGUACAGAUUUGUCCUGCCAAUAUUCAUGUACAUAAACACUAAAUAUAGAACAAGUAAUCCCUCUGUCA